AUGAUGGUUUCUGUCUUGGACAAGUUUGUUGGCUGGUCACCCGGAGACACAAGCCUUGGAGCUGAUCUAGAAAUCUCGGCGCUCCGCAAGAUCGCAUUGGAGCAGACCCAGGGCAUCUCUGUCAAAGACAAGACAUCCAAAUACACAGCCCCUGAGGUGAUUGGGGUCAAGGAUAGGAUUACAUCACCCAUCUUGGUUUCUGCACGUGUGGCGCGACUAAGGAUCUACGCGCUGCCGACGAGCGGCUGA